CACUCUCCGCCCGGGUAGCGCCCGCUGUCGCCGCCACCAGCUCUUUCGGCCGCCGGCACGGCACCGUCCACCGAGGAGCGGCGCCCGCCCUCCUCACUCCCGCCAUAGACUCCCUUCUCCGCCAGGACGCACCGCCCAGCAGCCGGCACCGCCCCCUGGUCAACUUUGAGCUGGAGGAGAAGCAACUUUGACAGUGACCACGGGUGUCGCAUCCCGCUUCUCCACGGCAGCAGCGGCCUGGCGAGUCGCUGGGGUUAGGUGGGGCAAGAGUUUCCCGGGCGCGUCUGCGCGGCGUCUGGCUGUUUGCAACCUGUUUCCAGCGAGCCGGGAGCGGGAUUGUGGCUGCCAGUCAUCUGAAGAAGGGGAGCUUGUUUUUCUCCCCCUGUAGCGACCUCGGCUUACAACUGGACAAAGCGGUUGAAAGGAUGUAAAAAGGCAGCACAACGGUUACCAACUGGAUAAAGCUGUAUCGAAAGGAUGUAAAUAGGCAGAGCAACUGUUACCAAGAAGGCAACCACCCAAAGGCAGGGAGGAACGUGGGGCUUGGUCCGGGCUUCUCCCGGUAGCAACAUUCAUCAACAGUCAGGUGUUGGUUACAACUUUUCAAGGUCAGCCGUCGGGAGCAGUGACUCCCUCUCUGAACCUUGCGGGGGGGGGGGGGGAUACGCAGCGCUCGGGGUGGGUUCGGCCGAGAGAUGCACGGGAAGCCAAACGAGGAAGGAUUGUAGAGGGGGAGAGUUUGUGACCCAAGACCCAUCCCCCAACCUCCCCGUAAUCUCCCGUCCCCCACUGCCGGGGCGGGGGUGAGUAUGUGACAUGUGUCUAACUCUCAGCAGCAACUUAGGCAGCAGGUGUCGGUCCUAACCGGGAGCCGCGGCCGCGGGGAGCGCCCUCACCGAGCCAUGCGGGCCCCGGGCUCGCCUCUCGCCCGCACCUUGCGGCUGCUGCUUCUGCUACUGCUCAAGGUUUCUGCCUCUCCUGGCCUCGGGUCCGCUUCUUCGCCAAGAAACGAAACUUGCCUAGGGGAAAACUGUUCACCUGCACUGAGCCACCGUCGCAGCAGGGACUCUUGGGGACUGGGAAAUUCUGCAGAAGACCUGCUAGCCCGUGCGCUCAGGGAGGAGGAGCAGGGGGCAGCGGUGCGCGCACCGCCCUUUAGGGACAUAAGGGCAGCUCCGGGCGGUGACCCAGGUGCAGGCAGAGGGGCGGAGGCGUUGACCGCAGAACCCUCGGGACCUCCAGCCAGGCCGCCUGGAGCCUGGAGGUGGAAAGGUGUCCGAGGUCAGGAGCCCCCUGGAACUUUGGCGAGAGGGAACCCCCCGGCUCUCCAACUCCUCCUUCAGAUCUCAGAGGAGGAAGAGAAGGGUCCUAGAGGCUCUGGCAUUUCUGGGCACAGCCAGGAGCAGAGUGUGAGGACGGAACCUGGCGCCAGCGACCUUUAUUACUGGCCAAGGAGAGGCGGGAAACUCCAGGGCUCCCACCACGACACCCCACCCAAGACGGUCAAUGGACUGUCUGGGCACGAAAGGAGGACAAUUGCACCCCCUGGCAGGGCGCUGGCCCAGAAUGGGUCCUCGGGCGAAGGGAUCCACGAGCGCGGGGGUCCCCGCCGGGGAAACAGCACAAACCGACGCUUGAGAAUAAAGAACCCCUUCUACCCACUGACCCAGGAGUCCUACGGCGCCUAUGCGGUCAUGUGUUUGUCUGUGGUGAUCUUUGCGACUGGCAUCAUUGGCAACCUGGCGGUGAUGUGCAUCGUGUGUCACAACUACUACAUGCGGAGCAUCUCCAAUUCCCUCUUGGCCAACCUGGCCUUCUGGGACUUUCUCAUCAUCUUCUUCUGCCUUCCGCUUGUCAUCUUUCACGAGCUGACGAAAAAGUGGCUGCUGGAGGACUUCUCUUGUAAGAUUGUGCCCUAUAUCGAGGUGGCUUCCCUCGGAGUCACUACCUUCACCUUAUGUGCUCUGUGUAUAGACCGCUUCCGAGCAGCCACCAACGUGCAGAUGUACUAUGAAAUGAUCGAGAAUUGUUCUUCCACAACUGCCAAGCUUGCUGUUAUAUGGGUGGGUGCCCUACUGUUAGCACUUCCAGAAGUCGUUCUCCGCCAGCUGAGCAAGGAGGAUUUGGGGUUUAGUGGCCGAGCUCCCGCGGAACGCUGCGUCAUCAAGGUCUCCCCUGACUUACCGGACACCAUCUACGUUCUAGCCCUUACCUAUGACAGCGCAAGACUCUGGUGGUACUUCGGCUGUUACUUUUGUUUGCCCACACUUUUCACCAUCACCUGCUCUUUAGUGACUGCGAGGAAAAUCCGCAAAGCGGAGAAAGCCUGUACCCGAGGGAAUAAGCGACAGAUUCAGCUGGAAAGCCAGAUGAACUGUACAGUGGUGGCUCUGACCAUUUUGUAUGGGUUUUGCAUUAUUCCUGAAAAUAUCUGCAACAUCGUUACUGCCUACAUGGCUACGGGGGUUUCCCAGCAGACCAUGGACCUGCUUUAUAUCAUCAGCCAGUUCCUUUUGUUCUUUAAGUCCUGUGUCACCCCUGUCCUCCUUUUCUGUCUUUGCAAACCCUUCAGUCGGGCCUUCAUGGAGUGUUGCUGCUGUUGCUGUGAUGAGUGCAUUCAGAAGUCUUCAACAGUGACCAGCGACGACAAUGACAACGAAUACACCACAGAACUCGAACUCUCGCCUUUCAGUACCAUCCGCCGCGAAAUGUCCACUUUCGCUUCUGUUGGAACACAUUGCUGAAGAACAGCCUUUUCUUUGGUUAGAUCUAUGUGUUUGAUUUUCAUAUCCUGUCAACGUUUUUACUUCAUAUUUUUCCCUACCGGGGAAAAAUGCAAUGAAAGAGAGAAAUAUUAACGACUGUAGAACUGAUUUUGCAAAUUAAUAUUUGUGCUUUGAAAAAAAAAUGUUUAUAUUUAGUUAUUUAAGACGUUUGAGAAGGCCAAUAGUUUUAGAUCAUUAUAUCUGGUAUGGUGCUAAUAUUUUAUUUGAAAAAAGUUACUGCACCUUAAUUAAUUACUAACUUUCUUUUAAAAAUAUAAUCAGUGUAUAUUGAUGAUAGCCAUGCGAUUUUGUAGGUUAUUUUAUGUUUGAGUUGUGAUUGACAGUAUAUUGUAUAUGGUAUCGUGAGAUGAUUUGUAGUUAAGGAGCAUUCACAAAGUAGCACCAAAUAAAUUAUACUUUAUUGUUUAAUGUCAUUGUCAAUCUACUUUUAACCGAGAUUCAAUAAAUCUUUUAAUUGCCUUAAAUACACAAUUACUGGUUCUACGCACAAUUUAAAGUCAGCCUUAUUGCUUUAAAGUUCUAUUUUCCUUUAAGGCAGGUAAUCACUAUGUUCUAAAGCAGUUUUCCUAAUAGUACUAUUUUAUAUGCAUGAUUCAUAUACAACUAUAUUGUAUGUUCAAACAAAAUUGUAUUUUUAAUAUUCAGAUACAGAUGUAAAAUUACUUCCAAGUAUUUAUAAAAUGUGAAUAGACAGCAGAGCAGGAAGAAAGUAUCUUUUUUAUCAUUAUUAUUCACCUCUGAACUAGCAUAUAGAGCUAUAGAUUUUCCCGUUAUGAAUUAUGAGCAGAAUCUAGGACUAAAACAUGAUGCACCUGUCAUCUGAUUUCCUCUGAACACUGACCUUUGAAGCACUCUGAAUUCUAACUUUUCUCCACUUAAAAAAUGAACUUGGUUACAUCUGUGUGAUUUAAUUUCUCGAAGUAGAAUGAAAGUACAGUAGUAGGAUAAUGAAAUAUUUAUAUAUCUUGAUUUGAACACUUGAAUAUUCAAAUUUAUUUUGAAUUGAUAUUCCAUAAGUUUCCAACAAAAAACUAAUCCUCUCCAUUUGAAUAUUAGAUUCCCCUCAGGAGUUUAAGCUCCGGCAGUUGUGUAGGAUGACUGCCUGCCAUGCAGGACACGUGUCUAAAUCAGGUGGCAGAGACAGCGGCCUAGCGAUAGAUGUAACGUCUCUGUCUUCAGACAAAGCAUAGAAGGGAAACCAAUUUGCUGGCCAGAAACCACCCUCUGUUUUCAGCUUGUCAAUUUCUGUACAUUGAGCAUAACCGAGCGGUGACUUCUUUCUUCCAGAUUACAGCAUGAUGUUAUUUAAAUUGUUAAGCUUUAGUGUUAGAAAAAUUAAAGAUACUUAAUCUAGACUGUUCAUCUUCCAGAUGACACUCAGAUUAAUUAAAUGACAAUGGCCAGAAUAUCUCCUUUUCCCUAGUCCAGUACUCUGUGAAGGGAUUUCCACCCACCCCACUGCCCCCCCUAUCUGUAUUGUAUGGAAUUUGAGGGAUUUGAGAAUGAGAGA